CAUCCGGAAGAGUUAAGUAUAUAUUCAAGUGGUCCACAGAUCUUCAUCAAAAUAAGUCUUUUAACGGUUUUGGGGAAUAUACCAAAGAUGAGUGUGAUAGCCUUAGGUGCUGAUACAUCAUUAACUCCUCCCUCUACGGUCAUCUUGUGGAACCAGCUCCAGGGGAAUCCCCAGGCUUUGUAUAACGUUUGUUCCGUCGGAGAGGAUGGAACACUUCAUGUCUCAGACGACGUAGUUAACUUGACGCAAGUCAACUCAAGAUUUACAUUUGGAGUGGGUCAGGACCACUCUUGGGAAAUCAAGGUUAAGAGUUCUGAGGAGCUGGAGAGGUUGAGAAGCAAUCUCAUGUCCAAACCUAUUCUUUUCCGAGCAUCUGUGGAGCAAGCACGAUCUGACUUUUACGUGGUGUUCGCUAUACACAAGAACUGGAUUGCUGAACUAGCCGUUCUCGUUGAUACAAGGCAUCCAUCCAUUAGAGAAGUUUUAUCUAGCAAGCUGAAUGAAGCCACACAGUCUAUGAGAAACGGUAAAAAGUUCUGUUUGAAGGUACAAAAGAACUACACUUACAAGGUCUUCUGUAUUACCUUACGUUUUCAGCCUAAACACGAGGGGAUUGUGCUGUAUUGGUUUGAAUGUAUGUGUGUCAGUUUGCUUAUUAUUCAAUUCUGUAAAAAUCCGAAUAGCUCGAAAAGAAACAGUUAUGAAAAGGAUUAUUUUAGCAAGAAUUUUUCGUAUAUUGCAUUUAAAUAGGACAAGGAAAUCCAAGAAGGA